CCCACACACUCUGCCGGGCUACGGGGGAGGGAAAUCCCUCUGCCUUUUCUAGUCACACACUUGGCAAUUAGAUGAAAAGCUGCAGAGACCGGGUAGUCUCUCUCACACUCACAAACACACACACUCACUCACACACACACACAACUGGUGCGUGGGGAGCCAGGAGUCUCAGUCCGUUUUGCUGGAAGAUCUGCCCUUCGAGGCAAGGUGCAGGGGAACCCAAACAGACCCGAGGAUUUCCCGAGGACCAGUUAUUGACCAGAUUACAGCACCGCUCAUUUCGCUGGGAUCAGACCGGGACACUGGAACCUGCUUGACCAGCCCCUGACCCUGUCCCCCAGGGGGUGGUGGUGGUGUUGAGGGGUGACAGGGCUUCCUGAGAUGAAGGAGAGCCGCUCCAGCUCAGGAACCGCUCAGGGCGAUGGUGGCAGGGCGCGGGGCGAUCAGGAGGAGGCUUCCUGCCUAGGGAAGUGACCGCGGUGGCCCCAAUGUCUGCGUUCCUGCUGCUCUGUGCACUCCUGCACCUGGGACCCCACUGCAGUCCGGCCGCAUCGUACAGUCCGUGCACAGAUUUGCAACCACAGGAUCUCCUGUCUGAAGUUAUUGAAGCCCCUUGGCCACAGAUGAACGGGUUCAGGAUGGUCCAGGAACGUGGAGCCCGUGGACUGCGACUCAGUCAGAAUGUGAAAGCAGCCAGCUUCCCAGCCUCUCACAUCUUCAAAAUCUGUAGCUACUUCCCGACUGAAUUCUCCAUUGUCAUCACACUGAAAGUGAACUACCUGCCACCGAAGAAAAACGAGUACAUCUUCACUUUGCUCCAGGAGAGUUCAAGCCACAUGCUGCUGGGGCUGAGGCUCUCGUCUGACAAGCUCCACCUUGAGUUCUCCCAGAGCGACCACCCUUACAGCCACAGGAAGAGGGCCACCUUCCGAGACCUCCAUCUAGCUGAUCGACACUGGCACACCCUGGUGCUGGCUGUAACAGCCAACAUUGUGUCUCUCACCAUAGACUGUUGCCCACCUAUAGACAUGUUCCUGGACGUUUUAUUCCCUGAACAGUUGAACACUGCCAAUUCUCGAUUCUACGUCGGGAGCAGGAGAAGACGGAAAGGAUUGUUUUCAGGUUUACUGAGACAGCUGGUGCUGCUUCCAGGAUCUGAUGCUACUCAAAGAAUCUGCCCGAAUCCCAGUCCCAGAUUAGCUGCCCUCUCAGUCCCAAAGAUCCUGACGGAGCUCCCCUUCAAGCCAUUGGAUCCUGACAUCGGGAAGUAUCCUUAUGAAACAGACUUGAAGGUGACAAUUGGAAGCCACCCACCCUGCACUGAGACUGAAAUCAGCCGCCUCUGGUUUGAUGUUUUCAAGAAAGACCUUUAUAUCUGCGAUGGGAAGACUUGGGUGUCAAUCUUACAAGCUAAGGAAAGACUCGACUAUGUGGAAAACUAUCAAAAUCUGGUGACCAACUCCGAAACACUAGAUGUGGAAAUCUUUGAAAUCCCAAACAUUGGACUCUUUGCCGCCACAGCCAAUAGGAAGCCCCAGCCAGGUUCAACGAUCUUCAAGUGGUUAAAUGGGAGAUUUGAGCCAUAUCAGAACAUCACAACGUAUGAAGCCCAAGCCUGGAAACACUUCUCCAUUGGCCCUGAGGUUUUCCUGGCCGUGGCCAAUUUUGAAAAGAAUGAACGGAACCAGGAGUAUUCAGUCAUCUACAGAUGGAGCCAGAGGAGGCUGCGGUUUGUUCUGUACCAGAGACUACCAACUCACAGUGCCCGUGACUGGGAGGCCUUCCAGAUCGAUGGGGAGACUUUCCUUGCUGUGGCCAAUCAUCGUGAAGGAAACAAUCACAACAUUGACAGCAUCAUUUACAAGUGGAACCCCAACGCCCGUAUGUUUGAAAGGAACCAGACCAUCCCAACCUCAGGAGCCUAUGACUGGGAAUUCUUUACAAUCGGACCCUAUUCCUUUCUGGUGGUGGCGAACACCUUCAAUGGGACAUCAACCCGGAUCUACUCUCGGAUUUACAUCCAGCUAGGAGGAAUGUUCCGACUUUUCCAGUCAAUCCCAACAUUUGGUGCUACUGACUGGGAGGUUUUCCGCGUUCAAGAAAGAGUGUUUCUGGCAGUUGCAAACAGCCAGAGCUAUGAGACAGGGGCAGUGAAUAGAGUCAACGCCUUCAAUAUUAACUCUACCAUCUAUGAACUCAACAUCACUGCCCAGAUGUUUGUCAAGUUUCAAGACAUUCCAACAAACAGUGCAGUUGACUGGGAGUUCUUCACUGUGGGUGAUGACAGUUUUCUGGUCGUGGCCAACUCUUUUGAUGGCUCCAAGUUUUUUUUAAACAGUGUUAUAUACAGGUGGCAGGGUUAUGAAAGUUUUGUUCCAGUCCACCAGCUCCCAACAUAUGGAUGCACAGACUGGGAAAAGUUCCACACAGCAGAUGGCUCAUACCUCAUCUAUUCCAGUGCAAAGGAACGCAUUUCCAAGGUGCUCAAACUGAAGACUUAUUGACAAAGGGGACAAGUCAGUCAACACUCUGCUGAAAAAGCAUUGAAUUCAAGUUCAAGAUCCUUCAGCUCACUCAAGUGACCAGUCAGCCCAAAAGGUCUUUCUCACAGGGAGCAGUUUCCCUUGCUAACCAGGUUUUGUAUUAGCAGGAUGGGCAAUCCUUACUUUGUUUGAAGGAUUCCUUUUUCAUUUCUGGGAUUAGGAGAUUACAUUGAGCACUGAAAAGAAGGCACCAUUGGAUUUUUCUUUAGUAAUCUUUAUGAAUUUGCUGCUCAGUUAUUUUCCCUGUACUACCAUGAACAUGUGACUGGAAGAACUGACUGAGUGCAGAUGCUCUAUUGAGGUGAUGAGACGUGAAGAUGAAUAUGCCAUGAUAUAUGGCAUUCUUGGAUGGACAGAGAAUUUGACCUAUAAGCGAUUUUUAUUUAUUUAUAUAGAUUUAUAUAUAGGAUAAAUAUAUAAUAACUGUGUAUACUUACACACACGGUACUCCCAGCAGUGUCCAUAUUGCUACAUGGAUUGAUGUUUCCAUUUGGACAAAUUUCUUGGCUAAAAGGCAGGGAGCAGGCCUCCCACCCCACGGUUACUGCUUUGAUCUCAUUCCCAUGGCUCGCCUUACUCUGCACUAUAUAGAACCAUUCUCAUCUCGUCGCCUAGCUGAGCUGAAUGAAAGCAAUUGAAAACCUCACACAGAAGAACCAAGGGGAAAUAAGUUUGUUGAGGAACCAUUAUGAAAGGUAACAAUGUCUAAUGGUUUUGCAGGAUCUGUCUUCAACUUCCCUUGGAGGCGGAGCCAGGGCAAAAUAUAGGAGAACCUCUUAAAAGCAAACAACUAGCUCAUCUUCACUUAGGGUGCAGGUAUACCUCAAAGUGUUAUAUUGCAAGUUCUGCGCAAAUUGACAGACUGUGGUUUGAUACCCACUGGUUAGAGCCUCAAUCUGAUUGGAAUGUUGUAGCAAGGAAGGGCUAGGAGAUAAGGAACAUUCCUAAUUCCUUUGACUUUUAUGAGCUACUUCAUCCAAUCUGUGUUUUGAAUUUAUUUGAAACUGCUGCUCUGUACUAGGAAGAACAGGAAAUGUAAUUGUCCCUUUGUGUCUGCCUGGGCUGGGAAACUAAACUGGACCUGGGAAAAGGAAACUGAAUUGUGGUUUGAAUGGGAGUACCAAGCUGCACGGGACAGGCCAGACAACAGGAAACUACAUAAAGCUACGGCAUCAAAAUGUAACUGGCCUGGAACUUCUAACCAAACCUGGAUUUGGAACAUAAAACACUACCUAAGCUGGAACUUUGAGAUCAGGUUCCCAAUUCAGUCAGACCAGGAGAACAUGUGUCUUCCUCACAAGGAACCUUCCGGAAACAUCUUUGCGCAGGGUAUCUGGAAUUGUAUCAGAAAACAAUAGGUUUACUCUGGUAUC